AUGCCCGCAAAAAUCGUUACACGCCGUUCAGGAGAUCGUGGUUAUGCGAAUCACGGCUGGUUAGAUACUCAUCACACUUUUUCAUUCGCCAGUUAUUAUGAUCCGGAAUUCGAAGGCUUCGGUUCGUUACGUGUUAUCAAUGAAGAUAAAGUCGAUCCACAAUCAGGGUUCGGGACUCAUUCUCAUCGUGAAUUCGAAAUAUUUUCGUAUAUUAUCUCGGGAGAAUUAGAGCAUCGCGACUCAAUAGGAAAUGUAGAAAUUCUCAAACGCGGCGAUGUUCAAUUCACGACAGCUGGAACUGGGAUCUCACAUUCGGAAUACAAUGUUCAUCCCUCAUUACCAGUACACUUCCUUCAAAUUUGGGUAAAACCCGACACUGCUCGUCUUGCGCCCGAAUAUCACACAAAAUCAUUUACCGAUACUGAGAAAACAAAUUCACUUGUGCAUAUAAUCGCACCAGUAUCAAAAAAUAAUAAUUCGACUAUUGGCAUUCAUACCGAUUUCAAUAUGUAUGCUAGUAUUUUAGAGCCAGGUCACAGUGUGAAUCAUGUAGUUCAGGGAGAAGGAAGCACAAGUAGAAGAUUGUAUGUGCAUUUGGCUAGUACUGGUGGUCAAAUUAAAGUUUCGGGAAAAGAACUGUUGAAGCAAGGUGAUGGAGCUUUUUUUACGGAUGUUUUACCUGAUGAAGAAAUUUUGUUCGAGAAUGUUGGUGAUAAAAAUGGCGAAUUUAUAUUAUUUGAUUUAGCUUAA